AAUUAUCCAGAUAGAAGGAGUGGUCAAAAGCGGUGUCAGGUGCCAUCAGAAGAUGUCUGCUGGAUUUAAGAAGAGCAAUUUUGGUGGAGUGGUUAGAAGAAGUUGAGUUUGGAAGCCUGGUUGGACAGAGCUUACAAGAAUAAGAAUUGAGGACAUAAAGGUAUGAUCCUAUCAUGACUGAAUCAUCAAGUGAAGUUUCUAGCAAUCUAGAAGUUCUGGAGGACAAUGAUGAGGGAAAGAAGAAAUCUAAAUUUAAAGCCUUCAAGAGCUUUUUUGUCAACAAGAAGAAAAAAGAGACUGAAGAUGCUCUGAGAAGGAGGAUGUUAAAGCCAAGCUUGUCUGGCAGCAAUAUUUAUAUUUCUUCUUUGGAACCAGUCCAGGAAGGUGAACUAAAUGACCCUAGAAACAAGAGCGGCAUGGGGAACAAAGCCCUGUCCCAUGAGAGCAUCUUCAUGUUGGAUACUGAGCCUGAAAGAUCAGCAAAUGAAAUGUACCCUUCUACAGAGUUCCAGAGGGGCAGAACUCUGCGGAGAUCUCAGCCCUUCAAAACUCUGCCUAGAAGUGGAGCUGUGCCUGGAACUAUGCCCAGAAGUGGAGUCUGGGUGGCAGGUUCCAAGAUCACUGAGAUCCCACCACUGCGUCCACGCCCACCCAGCCUCAGCCCACCACUUAUCCGAUCUGACACAAUUUCUAAGGACUUGGAAGAAAUCUCUAUUGAUGAUGAGUCACCUAAAAGUCCACAAAUGAAGGCUUCAUCAAAAAAGAUCUUGACAGAAAAGAAGAGCCUCUCUGAAUCAUCAUCUGGACCCAGUCACUCACGGUCCUCUACUGCAUGUGCCUCUCCCAGCAGUACCCAGCAGCUGGCUGGUUUCAGCAGCCCAGCCACCAGCAAGAGCUGUUUGGACUCUUCAGCUGCUCAACACAAGAUAGCUUUAAAUCCCAGAAAACAACAAAAGAAAAGCCUUCAAGGAACUGUGGACAACAAGAAGGAGGAGCCAGAUCUUUCAGUGGUUUCUGAAAGAGAAAAGAGUACAACCAAACCCAAAGAAGCUGACCUAAAGAAGGUGAAAAUAGAAGGUGCAGGCCACUUUGGCCAGGAACAGAGCAACAAUACUGAGAUUUAUGAUCAAAAGACAAUGGAUAAGAGUACAAACACUAAUGCUGCUGGGAACCUGAGCAACCCAGUGUCAGCAGCUCAUGGCAGAAGAUGUAAAAGGGUAGGAACAUGUGUUUCAAUAACAAAUCAAUAUGGAACCAAAGGAAGAAGCUUUACACAAUCCAGUCAAAGUCAUGGCCUGGGUGACAGACCUGAGUCUCCAUCUACUGAUAAGACUGCCAGAGAUGGCCUUUCCUGGCACCCGCCCUCAGAGAAGCAAGCCCUGGAGCAGCUGACAACUUCACAAGCAGAAAUCACUAUCUCUCAGGAGCUGCUUUCAGAUAAAAGUGAUAUGAGAAGGAGAAAUGCUAGUGUAGAUUUUGAAGCCAAAAAAGCAUUAGCAUCACAAUCCAUACCUGAAGACACAAAAGAGUCUAUGGUUAGUGGUCCACCACCAAACCAUGAAGAUGGGGCUUCUUUAGCCAAAAUGACAGAAUCCAGAACUUCUCUUUUGCCAGUAGUGAGAAGACCUUCUACAACCCCCAAAAAGGCAAUUUUUUUAGUAACAACAGAGGCUCAGGUGCUUAGGGAUCCUUCUCCUAUCCAAUCAGAAGAAGAAGAAGCUUCCAGCCUUGGUUUGCAAAAUGUCUACUCUAAAACAGAGAAUGUCCCAACUGUCUCCAAAGAAAAGCCUCCUGGAAAUGUUCUCCAGGACUGUACAGUGAGCAUUUCAAAUAUGACAAGUACCACAGAAGAGGGAGGCAUGUCUAUGGAGAAGCUUGAAACUGCAAAAGUCUCUCCAGAUUCAAAGAGUGUGUCAGAGAAAGGGAAUGAUUCUGAGAAACAGCUGGCCACUGGACAUGCUUUCCAGUCCUUUAAGAAGCCUAAAGAUGAACAAAAAGUCUUUGAAGAAUCAGAAAUUUUAGUUGUGGAAUUGAACAGUGUGGAGCAGCAGUUGGCUCUUGGAUAUUCUUCCCAGUUCUUGAGAAAGCCUGAACCUGAAAAAGGCUCCCCAAAGUCAGAGAGUACUGCUGACAGGGAGAGUAUCCCAAAGGAAGCGGGUCCUGGUCACUCAUCCCAGUCCUUGGGGAAGCAUAGAAUAGUCUUCUCAGAGUCAGAAAGUUUUCUUGUGGAGCAGCUGGCUCCCAGAUGUUCUUCCCAAGUAAUCCUGGAGCCCAAGGAUAAAGAAAUCUCCACAGGAUCAAAUGGUUAUGUUAAAAAGUACAACAAUGCUGAGGACUGGCACAGCUCAGAGGAAGGUCUACCUCUCAGAUACCCUAACCAGGCCUUGGAAAAACCUGAAGACCAGCAAGAAGUGCCCUCAGUUCCAAAGAAUGCUUGGGAAGAGCAGAUGCCUUCCAAAUGCCCUAUUCAGUCCAUCGUGAGGCCUAUUGUUCAACCACACAUCUCCUCCAAUUCAGUGACCAUUUGUGCAGAACAGCAUGGUUCUGUGGAGCCAGUGACUCCUGGCCACCCUUUCCAGACAUGGGUGAACCCUGAAUUUGUGCAACUAGUCUCUGCAGAUGAAGAGAGUGCUGUUGAGUGGGGCGGUUUUAUGGAACCACUGCCUCACAGAAUGACUUCUAAGUACCUAAUGAAUCCUACAGCUGAGCAAAAAUCCUCCUCAGGUCCAGUACUUACUUCUAUGGCAGAAGUUUCUAUGGAGGUGUUGCCUCCCAGAUAUUCUCCGCCCCUGACAAGACCAAUAGUUGAGCAAGAAGCCUCUGAAUAUCCAGAGAGCACUUCUGCUGAGGGGAGAAUUUACAUGGCCCUAAGGCAUCCCUCACACCCUUUCCAGCAAUGGGUGAGCCCUCAAAUAGAACAAGUUUUCUCAUCUUCAGAGAGCCCAACUGUGGAAGAAGGGGGCAUUUUUGUGGAGCCACUGCCCCCUGGAUAUCUUCCCCAGCCCUUGAUGAACUGUAUAGUCCAACAAAGCAUGUCAUCAGGUUCAGAGGGUGUUGCUGCUGAGGCCAUUUCUGUGGAACCACAGUACAGCAAAUACUCUCUCCCAAAUCCUCAAGUCCAGCCAAUCUACUCAGAAAGCACCGGUGUUGAACAGGGCAUUUUUGUGGAGCAGCUGCCUCUUGGGUGCCAUUGUCAGGCUUUGGUGAUGCCUAAAUUCCAGCCACAGAUGAGCUUAGAGUCGGUGAACACUUCUGCACAAUGGUGCAAUGCUGUGAAGCCAGUGCCUGCUAGACACAUUUGCAAGAUCUGGAUAUGCCCAGGAUGUAAGCAGCAAGGCUCUGUGGGUCCACAGAGCAUUGAGGCUGAGUGGGGCAUUUCUGAGGAGUUGGUGCCACCCAGAGACCCUGGGAAGCCAUGGCUGAGACCUACAUUUGAGCAAGUUUCUGCAGGUCCAGAGACUACUGCUGAAUGGAACAUCUCUAUGGGCCCACAGCUUCCCAGAAUGCCUUCUCAGCCCCCAAGGAGGUCAGUUGUCAAGCAACCAGUCUUCACAGGAUUGGUAAGCACUGCUGGACAGUGGAACAGUUCUGUGGAGCAAAUGCCUCCUGGACACCCUUUCCAGCCAUGGGUGAGCUCUACAUUUCAGCAACAAGUCUCUGCAGGUCUGGAGAGCACUGCAACUGAGGGGAACAUUUCUAUGGACUUGGAGCCUUCCAUAUACUGUCAGCCUCUGAGGAGACCAAUAAUCCAGCAAGAAAUCUCAAAUUCAAUGAAUACUUCUGAAGAAUGGUGUGGUCCUUUGGGGCCAGUGUCCUCCAGAUACCCUUUCCAGCCAUGGCCAAACCCUAAAUUUGAGCAACAAGUCUCUGCAGGUCCAGAGAAUGUUGCCAUGGAAGGGAAUAUUCCUAGGGAGCUUCCCAGACAUCUUCCCCAGGCCACUGUGAGACAGCAAGUCCAGAAAAUGUCCUCAAGUCUUGAGAGUGCUACUAUUGAGGGAGGCAUUUCUGAGGAGUCAUUGUCUCCCAAACAUCCCACCUAUUUCUUAGUGAGGUCUGAAGUUCAGGAAAUACCCUCAAUCCUGGAGAGUACUGCUGCUGAAGAAAGCAUUUCUAAGAAAUUGUGGCUUCCCAAGAGUCCUCCAGGCUCAUUCUCGAAGUUCAUGGCACAGCAAAUCUUUUCAGAGAGCUCUGAUGCUGAGAGGGAAAUUUAUGUGGAUCCUUUGUCUCCAAAUCUUCCUUCCAAAUCUUUGUUGAGUCCUGAAAUUGAGCACCAAAUUUUCUCAGAUUGGGAGAAUCCUGACAUUGCAGAAGGCAUUUCUUUGAAGCCUGCUUUAAAGUCCCUGGGGUGGCCUGCAGACCCACAAGAAGGUCUGUCAUUUUCAGAGAGGGCUUCUAUGAAACAGAGCAGUUCUAAAUGGCAGGGACCUUCUGGGAAGGCCCCGGGGAAGCUUAAGUACCAGCAAGAAGCCUCCUCACUUUCUGACAUCUCUUCUGAAGAGUGGAGGAGUUCUGAAGUGCAAUCCAGACACCCUUUUGAAGCCUUGUAUUGGUCUGAAUUCCAGCCACCAACAGGCUCAGUGAAUAUCCCUGUAGAGUGGAGUGAUCUUGAGGAACACCAACCUCCUAGGCAUCUUUCCCAAGCUUUUAGAAAUGCUGAGUAUCAGCAACAGGUUUAUUCAAGUGCCAUGAGUGCCGCUGCUGAGGUAACCAUUUCUGAGAACAACCCUGGAAGCUGGUCCCUACCAAAAGGCCCAGUUUCUCCAAAGAAAACCAAGAAACACAGCCAAGGCUCCAAAUAUUUCCCUAAAAGCAUCCCGACCUCAGCUCCUAAGCCAGGGAAUUUUAUCACUGCUCCUACCUGGAAAAUACCCAUUUCUGGGGAUACUUACUAUAAGGAGGAAAUUCUUCAGAGUGGUGAUAGAAAUGAUGGUCAUUCAAAUUUACCCACCAAUGAAGCUGAUGUUGAAAAUCUUUCUGGAGUCCAAUGGAAAAGAAUGUCUUCUCCACACAAGUAUAAGAACGAGAAACCAGAUAGCUUUACCCAGCUUCCUUCACUGCUCUUGGGCCCAAUUUCAUCCAGUAGAGGCAGAGAACAGCAAAUGAGAAGAGGUACUUCCCAGGUGCACCUGAACACCACAGACAACCUCACCACACAAACUACCUUUGUGGAGAAGCAUCAGAGCAGGGCCAAAUACGAAGGUGUGGCCAAGAAGCAACCAGCUUACAAGACCCCAGGAAAACCUGGUCGGCAAUCAGAUUAUUACAUCUCAGAUCCAGCUUGCUUUACCAUGCCAAGGCAGAAACACAAGGGCUCCCAGGUCUACGUUCCUGUGAAAGAGACCAAAACCAAGAGCAGAGCUGGAGCCAAGACUGAGACCAAGGAGCCUAGACAUGGGAUAAGACCUGAGGCAGCCCAGAAAACAUUCCAGAAGGGAGCUGGCCCUGCACCUGAAAACCAACCAAAAAAGAUUCUCACUUCCAGUAUCUACAAACAGGAGAAGAAGGCACAGAUGUAAUCCUCUAAGUCUACCAAGUCAGUUGUAUUUGAAGGUCAGAAGAUGCUUUCCACAUCUGGCACGGGAAAAGAAAUGAAACAAUCUUUAAGUCUUCCAUCUGGGCUCCAGAACCUAGAUGAGUCAGUUGAGUUGAAGGAACCUGCUGAGCCUGUCUGGUUCUCCAUGGCCAAGAAGAAAGCCAAAGCAUGGAGCCACAUAGCAGAGGUCAUGCAAUAAAUGGCUCCUGGGUGGAGCGUCAGCAUUUUAAAUGACAAUUGCCAAUAGCUAUAGUAAUUUUAUGCAAUGAUUACAUUAAGCAAAAGAGCUUUAGAAAUGAGAAUUAAAACUUUUAAUUAUUUGAAUGCAAUAAAUACCAUUAAUGCAUAACCUUCAAUAUAGUCACUGCCACCAUCCAAAGCGCUAGUAUUUUCUCUAUAAAAACUAUGGAAAUAUUUGUGCUGCUGUAGAAUUUUGAAAUCUUUUUACUUUGGACAGUGUGCCUUAGAAGGAAGAAAGCAAAACCAUUUUGUUAGAGAAACUAAAAGACUGUAUUUCCCUCAACUACGCAAAGUAAUUCUGAUAGAAACGUUCAGAUUAUUUGCCCCAGGGAUUGGAUUUUAGGUUUUAUGAGCCUAGAUAAAUACUGAGCUAUUUGGUUGCUGCUUCAAACUUUGCAAAGGCUUGUACAAGAUGUGGUAGAAGUGAAAAUUCUGGGUUUCAAAGAAAAAUUUUGCACACCCAGUCCCUUAAUCAGCCCAUUACCCAUUGAAGCACCUCCCCUUGUAUCUGUGUCCCCCUAAUGAUAGUGGGUGACAGUAACACACAGAGCACUUAUACCGAGCUCCCUCUUUGUCAAGCCAUGGCAGGCCUGGCAGUAGUGAGUGGCCCCCUGGCACACAGAACAUUUCUUGAAGAUUAUUCUACUCCUCUGGAUGGUUAGCGCAUCUGUUUCUGGCCCUUUGUCCCAACAUCACUCAGUCGUACAUAUCCUUCUGUUUAAGCACUGAAGUCCCUGUCAAAAGUCAACCUUCACCAGAUGUUGAGAGCUGUCCUUUUAUCAGGCAGAUGACAAGCUGACCACCCUGAGUUCGGAGGCACCAGAAGGUUCCUUGUCCUCCGGCUCUGGCCUUGAGGUGGAGAACUCCAUGCAGAUCAUCUUCCCAUCCCUUCCCCCACCGAAGUCUCUGCUUCACAAGGAUUUAGCCCAAAGCAAAUCCUCCAUGCUGAAUCCACAGAGACAUGAACCUUCUGCUACCUGGAAGCCUUAAGCCAUGAAACCACCCUCUCCACCCUUGUUCCCAGAGGGACACUCCUCAAAUUUACUAGGUCAGAGAGCACCCACCUCCCCAAUGAUCCCCCACCCUCAUCCACGAGGAAGAGGGAAGGCCAAAAGGGCAGAGAGAGAGAGGAAGACUCAGGAUGAGAAGGCUGCUCUUUAUAAGGGGAGGGGCAGUAGCCAAACAUAUUUCGGCUCCUUUUCUAUCUUGCCAUAGUCUUUUUUCCUUGCUGGCACAGCUUCCACUAAGAACUCCCAGAGUGAGGAGUAAAGAUGAGGGCCUCCUUUACGCAGCCCAGUCCAUCCUUCAACUUGUUUGCUUUCCAAGGUGCAGACCACACUAUUGUCCCAUCCAGACUCUCUGCAACAUAGAUGCAUCUUCCUUUCCACCUGCAUCACUUUAUUCCACCCCCCAAGCCCACCAGGCAUAGAGAGAGGGAGGGAGAGAGAGAGAAAGAGAGAGAGAGA